AUGGCAUCCACCAAUCUGACACCCUCCAUCCCUUCCACGUUCCUCUUGCAAGGCAUUCCAGGGCUGGAGGCGUACCACAAGUGGCUCUCAGUGCCGGUGUGCACCAUCUAUGUGGUGAUCAUUGCUGGGAACUGCACCAUCCUCCUGGUCAUCGCGACAGAACCAGCCCUGCACAGGCCCAUGUGCUACUUUCUCUGCAUGCUGUCUGCCAUCGACUUGGCCGCCUCUUCCUCAGCCCUGCCCAAGAUGCUCUGCAUCUUCUGGUUCCAAAACGGAGAGAUUCAAGCCAGUGCCUGCCUGGCCCAGAUGUUCUUCAUCCACGCCUUGUGCAUGAUGGAGUCAGCCGUGCUCUUGGCCAUGGCACUAGACCGCUAUGUGGCCAUCUGCUUCCCCCUCAGAUACAAUUCUGUCGUCACUGGGUCACUGGUGGCAAAGAUGGGCAUCGCUGCCGUUGUCCGAGGGACACUGCUGAUGGGUCCCUGCCCUUUCUUGAUCAGAAGGCUGUCCUUCUGUCAGACGAACAUCAUUCAUCACACCUACUGCGAGCACAUGGCCGUGGUGAAGCUGGCCUGCGGGGACACCAGCGUCAACCGUGCGUACGGGCUGUGUGUGGCUCUGUUGGUCAUCGGAGGAGACUUGCUGUUCAUCGGCCUCUCCUACUGCCUGAUCGCCCGUGCCGUUCUGAAGCUCUCUUCCCACGAGGCGAGGAGCAAGGCCUUUGGCACCUGCGGCUCCCACAUCUGCGUCAUCCUCAUCUCUUACAGCCCUGCUCUCUUCUCCUUCUUCACUCACCGCUUUGGUCACCGCGUGGCGCCCCAUGUUCACAUCAUGCUGGCCAACCUCUACCUCCUCUUCCCUCCCAUGCUGAACCCCAUCGUGUACGGAGUGAGGACCAAGGAAAUCCGGGAACGGGUCGUUAGGGUGUUCCUGCCAGGCAGGUUCACUGCCAAGUCCAGGACUGGCUGA